AUGAGAGUAGAGCUCGGAGGAAGUCCAGCUUCUCGCGUCCAGCAACUAUUAGAACCCGAAACUGGAGUAUAUAUAGCUGUUUGGACCGACAGUUACCCCUACGUCAAUACGAGCUCGAACGACACUCCCAAACUUUUGAACGACCGUACUGGCAAGAAGUGGAGCUUAUGGCAUAUUGGUCAAAACAUUCCAGCCUUCUCUGCAAACUCAAACACUCCGAACGUUGAUACGACUGUAAACGAAACACUCCUGGAGUUGACCAACACUGAUGCUGGAAUCUUAUUGGACGUGUUUCCAUUCAACAAUGCCGGAACAAGCUACUCUGCAAUAUCGGCAAAUGAUAUUCAAGCUCUCGCAAACCAAUGUGCUGCCUACAACAAGAAGGGACGCAAGGUCUGGCUACGUUUAGCAUCCGAGAUGAAUGGAAACUGGUAUCCGUAUGCUCAGCAACCGGCAAGCUUUGUUCAACUUUGGAUCAAUGUGACUAAUGCUGUUCGAGCUGUCGCACCCUCGACGGCCAUGUUGUGGUCCCCACAGAUUCUGCCAAAUGGACAAUACUCUCUGAAUCCGGAUACGACUGGCCCCAUCAAUGCUGCAAACAUGGCUUUACUUGAUACGAAUCAUGAUGGGAAUAUCAACUCUCGUGAUGACCCUUAUACUCCAUAUUGGCCAGGCACACAAUAUGUUGACUGGAUUGGGACAUCAAUGUAUUAUCAUGGUCCUUAUCUCGACUCUUCUGCCAUGUACGGCAUCAACAGCAUCCCUCCUCAAAACUACUUUGAUGGCCUUAUGAACACUGCGAACUUUCCAUUCUAUAAUUUUGUUGCCUCCAUGGGAAAGCCGCUCUCUCUUUCCGAAUGGGGCAUACCAUUCUACAUUGCGCUGACACCUGAUGGGCCCUCUGGGCAGUCAAUACCGGUAGCUGUUGGUCCGGGCCAAGUUGCCAUGAAGAGAGCGUGGUGGACACAAUCAAUGACCAAUAAGACAAUCUACGCAAAGUAUCCCUUGAUUAAGAUGUGGGGGCUUUUUGAGUUCAUCAAGGACGAAACUGGCUCAUUCCGUGACUUCCAAUUCCUGAAUACAACAACCCUGAAUGGAAGCAUCACAAACGCAUUUUUGAGUGACUUGCAAACCUCUGGUAUCAAUUUUAUAUGGGCUAACGACACCUCCGUCUCACCAAACUCAACAAACACUACUAUUACUGGAAAUACAACAACCGCUGCUGCAACACCUGCGGCCUCCUCUCCUCCUUCCAACACUGUUUUGGCUUCUAUUGGAUAUGUUCUGCUUCCUCAUAAAACUUUUUGGCUGUUGCUAUUUGCAUGGUGGAAUGUUUUCUUCCUCUUGUGA